AUAGAAAACCUUUUUAAAAAACAUAAAUAAAAUGAAUAGUUUUGAAUGCAAAACGUCAAUUACAUUAAUUAAACAGAGUUACGUAGGACCUGUAACGGCUGUUGAUGUUUUCGGGGACACAAUAAUUUGUGGUUACGGGAAUGAGAUAUCUGUGUAUAAUCUGACGACCUGUGAACUGCAAGUAAGACAGCAAGUUCUUACAGAAUCCACAAUACAUGGAAUAAAAAGAGGUCCAGUUAUUGAGAGUGGACAACUGUUCUGUGUAUAUGGGGGUAAACAGGCUUGUGUCAUUUCACUGAGCAAGUCCAAGGAAGGCAAUCAAGUCAUAACUUCAGUAUCAGAAACUGUUUUUUUGUGUGAUCUGAUAUGGAAUGCACAGUGGUUAACAAAUCAAUUAGACUUUGGGAAGGUAGCUUUUGCUCUGGCACACAACUUGGUGGUUAAAUGGGACUGGCAGUUGAACAAAGUUAGUCAGGGCAGACAAUGUACAGAGAAUUGUAUUCUCUAUUGUGCAUCUUUUAUUGGUGAUGUCUGGAACAAUCUCAUUCUGGCUGCGGGGACGGUGUUCAACCAAAUUGUCUUAUGGCCAGUGGAUUCAGAGGGUGAAGUGGAUAGUGGUGUUAGUGGACAGCAUCCAGUAGAAACUAUGCAAGUUUUAUCUGGUCAUAAGGGUGUUAUUUUUUCUAUCAGUUAUCAUGCUGGACAUCGUCGGAUUUGUUCCGCCUCUGAUGACCGUAGCAUUUUAAUGUGGCAGUUAUCUUUCCCUUGUGUAGAGGGCCAAUGUCCAACUGUGGAUGACUGGAGGAGCAUGCAGAGCAGUUUAAUGUUUUGUCUCUAUGGUCAUUCUGCCCGUGUCUGGAAGGUGGUAUUAAUGGACAACUAUUUUGUUAGUGUUGGCGAGGAUGCUACAUGUUUUGUUUGGAACUACUCCGGUAAUGUGAUGAGUACUUUAAAAGGACAUAAGGGAAAGAGCAUAUGGAGUCUAGCUGUUACAGAAGAUGAGAAAUUUGUGAUAACUGGGGGUGGAGAUGCUAGCAUCAGGAAGUGGCAGGUGCACCAGCAUAAGAAGACACAGUCUCAGAGGAGUGUUCAAGUUCCGGUGAACUGUAGGAUGAAUGAAGAGGAUUUUCCAAGAAUUGUGAGACUGCUGAAUUAUGACACACUGUUGGUAAUGAUGAAUUCAGGAUGUCUUUACUCCUACAAAGUGAAUGAUCAGCGUUUUACCUUGAUAAUCCAGGAUGCAAAGUUCCGGUCUUACAGUGUAGUGUCCCCUUGUAUAGAUCAGAAGUCAUUUGUGAUUGGCAGCAUCACCGGCACUGUGAGAGUUAUGCGUUACGCAGAUAUAGACAGCGAUGAAAUAACUUUUGCUGAGGAAACUUACUUUGAAGGCAAAGUGUUAAACCUCACAUGGCUAAAUAAUGACCACUUUAUAGCCUCUGGACCAGAUGGACAUUGUAUAUUAAUAAAAAUUGAUGUGGUAGAGAAUAAUGAUGGUACUUCUCUGAACCUAAUUGUUCAACACAGAAUGUUUCUACCAACUAGCAAACAUCGCUGGAUAUCAGCUGCAUGCCCGUUAUCAAACCAAUUCACUGCAGAUAUACAUAAUGGAACUCUUGUCUGUGGAGAUAAGGAUGGAUCUAUCCAUGUGUUUACUUUAGAUCAACAUGAGAUUAAUGAUGACACAUAUAAGCAAGAGCCAUCACAAAGCUUUACAAGAGUGCACGGCAAGGCUGGUGUGACAUUUGUCACCUUCAGGGAUGGCUUUGUUUACACAGCCGGGAGGGAUGGGUUCUACAGACAGUGGCAGUUUGUAGAUGGAAAACUUGUGCUGCUACAUGGCAACAAGAUUAUAAAAGGCUUUGAAUGGAUUGACAAACUGGCAUGGCAUAAUGGAGAUUUACUGGUGUAUGGCUUUUUUUCAUGUGAGUUUGUAGUUUGGAGUGUGACAUACAACCAACAGCUCAUGUCCAUCUAUUGUGGUGGUGGCCACAGAACCUGGGGGUGCAUCCAUGAGAAUGGGAUGUUGAGAUUUGCCUACAUCAAAGCUUCAAAUAUCUUCAUGGUGGAUACAGGAAGUCAGGCUAAACAAACCAUUGUCCAGCCAGCUUGUCAUGGAAGAGAGUUAUGUGAUGUCAAAUUUUUAAAAUCACCAUUUGAAACUCAGGGUCAAGCAGUGCAUUUGGUGUGCAGUGCCAGUGAAGACACAACAGUUAAUAUUGGAAUGUUUAUUAGUAUCCUUUAUAAGGCAGAUUUGUUUUCACCAAAUCACAUUUUAUGGAAUUGUAAUAACUUUCCCUUAAUGAUUGCAUACAAAAAAUUAUUUUAUACUUGGACACCUCUGACAACCUUAAAGGGACAUCACUCUAGUGUCAGAUGUUUGGCAGUUUCUGACACUACUUCCUCAUGCAACAAUGAAGUUCAACUAGAAAGUUUAAAAGCUUUGGAUGCAGCUAUUAAUGAAUCCACAACUUUUCUUCUUUUCACUGGAGGUGGACGUGCUGAAAUUCGUGCAUGGAAAAUUAAAUUAUUUAAACAGAGUCAAAUUCUAAAGAAAACUAGUAAUGUUAAUAACAAAUCAUGGCAUUCAAAAGCUGAUCAACACACAGAAUGUGCUGGUGCUACUGCACCAGUGCUAGACAGUGAAGCGUGUGAGUGUUCAGGUGUUGAUUCAGGUGAUGUUGGAUGUACAUAUGAGCACCUGUCUACACACUUUCUAGGGGAGGCAAGACACAAACAACACUUUUCUUCAUGGAAGACAAGAAAACUUCGACUUGACCCGGAGACACGGGUCAUGUCACUGUCAGCAUCGUCAGUGGUCCAGCUGCUAAAUCAGGGCAGCAAUGUCUUAAAGGAAUCUUCUCAUCAAGUGUCACAUUUACACAUUCUUUCUGCUGCUGGCUCUGAUGGAGUUUACAGGGUAUUUUCAUUUGAUGAGAGCUUGAAGAAGUUCUCUCUGCUGGUAGCCACUGAUUACCAUAGGGGAUGUAUGCUCAAAGUCUUGCACUACGUUCACACAACUCCAGGAAACUUGGCACUGCCUUUCUCUUUAACUGUGUCAACCAAUGGCCAGAUAGUUAUCUGGUCGCUAGAUACUGUUGUGAUGACUGUGUUAAAAUCUUGUGAAGCUGGCAAGGGUGAUGAUGAUGAAGCGGAGGACUACGUAGAUUUUACCCAACCAGUUGCCAGCAAAGCACCCUGGGAGCCAGUGGCUGUACUGAAGGCACACCAGUCUGGGAUCAACAGUCUACACACACUUCAGAUAUCAGACUCCUGCAUGCUUGUAGCCUCUGGAGGUGAUGACAAUGCUAUAGCUGUUCACAAAUUGCAGUUACCUGAUUUAAAAGUGUUAGCCAAAGUCGUCAAGCCUGAUGCACACGCUGCACAAAUUACAGGAAUCUGGCUUGUGUCACCUGGAUUGCUUGUGUCAGCUUCCAUUGACCAGAGGAUCAUAGUUUGGGCUAUAGAUCAUUCUAUUCAAUCUACUACUAUACAGUUGCAGAUUCUUUCAAGUAACUUCAUUCAUGUGGCCAAUGUUUCAAGCAUGGAUGUAAAAUUGCAUAGGGACUCUGUAUACCUAUGUAUUGCUGGGGAAGGAAUUACUCUUUAUAAGCUAAAUCAGUCAUCAAAUGAUGGUGAUGGUAUACGAGAUUCUUGUACCAGUCAAAUACAACAAUCCAAUUAUUGACUUAUAUAAGGAUUCAUUUAGAUUUGUGCAAUUCACAUACAACAAUACAGUCUCACCAAAACACACAUUAACAAACAAAUGUCAAAAAAGUUUCUAUGAAGAUUUUAUUCUGGA